AUCGAAAAUACGUCAGAGAUGGAUCACUAUGCAAUGGGCGAUAAGUCCCAGAACGGAAGGAUAUACGAGAAAGAAAUUGAGCAGGAAGAAAUUAAAAAUAUUGUCAAUUCCAAUACAACUGUGAAUGAAAAUGGCAAUUCAGAUCACCUAUGAAAGCACGGAAAUAAGCCCUCCCUCCAAUCAUGUUGGCAAGGAUUUUGACGGAACGUUAAAUAUGCUUUUGGUAUUAAAGCUCUAGCUGCUGUGUUGUUCAGCUUAUCAAAGCCAUCAAAAAGUCUACUGCCUAAUCUUGCCAAUCUGUUAUCCAAGAGCAACAUAAAGUUCUGACUUUUUUUAGGAACUUUUGUUGGAUCAUAUAAAUUGAUUCUGCUCUCGCUGAGGAAAAUCUUUAAGAAUAAGGAUCAUCCACUUUUUCCUAUAAUUUCCGGAUUCCUUUCAGGAUUUUCAAUUUUGCUGCUAGAGUCCUCAAAGCUUAAGAAACUCAUACUGCUUGCCUUUGUGAUGAGAGCCUUGGAUACUAUAACCCAGCUGCUUGAUAAGAAGAAGAUUAUUAAGAAGAUCAAAUAUUUUGAGUGCUACAUGUUCGGUCCGAUUAUUGCCACUUUAGUGUACAUUUAUUUUUACGAAAAGCCUGUAUUCGCACCAGGAAUUGACAAAGCAUUCAAAGCUAUAGCUCAGCCAAACGAGAAGGAACUGGCUCUUGGGGAUAUAUACGUCAGACAGGGUAUCAGAUGGUUCCCUGGAGCAGCUAAGAAAAUACAGCCUUAA